AUGCUGAGUAUAACACUUUUGAUGUCAAGAGUGAGAAUGACAAAUGCAGGCUGAUUCGUGAUUCCUAUUGAGGCGUAACGGUACUUUUCCUUUUUAUUAUUACGGGGAAGGAGAGCGUAAAUUAAAGUAAAGAAGCUUCAAUUCUUUUACAGCAAUAGGUUCCAAAGAUGGAAAAAAAAAUGAUAAGCUAAGCCUACCGAAAUACAAUAAUCUUAGACAGCGCAGACUAGACAUUGAUUAAAUCUGAAAGUGUUCGCCGACGGAUCUUGUCCUGUUAGCCCGACGGAACAAUUCAAGUGUGAUAAAUAUCUCGGCAAAUGAUUUGAUAAGGGUUAUGAGAAUUUUAAUUUAUUAUUAUUUUUAUUACCGUUAAUUCCAAGUUUGUUUUUUUAGGAAACAUUAGUUCCUCUCUCCCUCAUGAUCGGCCAGUCACCACGAGAGAUCAUGAUAAUGGUCAUCACAGAAACGUUCAAAGGAGCCUGGUGGUACAGCGCGUGUCAUGCGUCAAAUCUCAAUGGAUGGUAUCGUCACGGCAAUCAGUCCUCCUAUGCUGAUGGUGUAAACUGGAAAGGCUGGAAAGAUUAUCGCAACCCCCUCAAGCGCCGAGAUGAAAAUAAGACCAGUGGAUUUCUGAACUGUCAUAUUUAUGUCACAAUUGUGAUUAAGUACCUACUUAACAAAAACUAAUGACUUGAUCAAGCUUGUUCCGCGCUAAAAUAAACAUUGAUGGGUUUGCCGGCUUAGUGAACGUUCGUUGAACUUUCUAAGGCUGUGUAGAUUGUUCUCUUUUUGUUUCGAUGGGAUUUUUAUCUUGUAUAUUUUUUUGAUAUUGAGGCAUGGAUGAAUCCCCCUUGUUAUACACCUAAAAAAUAAAAUUUUAGUCUUUGAAAGAUUUGUUUUAUAUUUUCACAAGCUUCACGAAACACCAAACUGCCAAACGAUUUAGUUAGUACACCGCUGUUAUUCUUUCAAGAAGACUUAAGAAGAGUAAGGGGUCGUCAUUAUUUAUCGCAGGAGGGAGGGAUCAAAGGAUUUUGAAUUUGUCUAUCCCCCCCAAAGGCUCUGUAGCUUCGAUGACUUCCCCUCAUUUGCAAUCAAUGUUGUAUAAUUUCUGCGUAUUAUAUGAUUACCUACGAUUACGUAUCGCUCUGUUAUUCAUGAAUACUAAACGUCACUUUCGUAGACAAAAGGGCUCAUUUAGUGCAUUAUGCUACAUUACUUCGUUAAAAUACAAAAUGUAAGAAUGAGUAUAUUCGAACAGAAAAUAAUCAAAAAGUAUUCUUAUUUUGUUUCUCUCAACUCUGUGUUUAAAGAUGCAACUAUUUGUAGUUAAUUGGACAUUACAUAUUUCGCUUAAACAGUUGCUCACGCGUUGUGAUGUUUUGAUCGCCCAAUUACCAAGCUAAGUUAUUUGCAAUUUUGUGAAAGAGUUUGACGUUCCACGUUUUUCAAAGGCCCCUUAUUGCGACGUUCUCUCUUCUUAAGGGCUACAUUUCAAAGAUAGUUUAGCUUUUACUUAUUAGCAUAUACUAGGUAUAAUAUAAUAUUUUUGAGAAUUUUAUUUUACUUCCAGGAAAAAUUGAAGGAAUUAUAGAAUAUGGCUACAGUGAUUCUUAUGUGUAAAGUGUUAAAGAGGAUACUUUAUCAAAGGAUUUCUCCCUGCUAAUUGGGUUUCAUACUAAUUUUUUUAGAUAAAAGAUGUGAAAGCGCUUGAGCAAGAGGAGAGAGUGGAGUCUUUUUUCUUAGCUGAGACAACCAAUUACUUAUAUCUUUUAUUUGAUGAACACAAUUUCAUUCACCAGAGCAAUGGCUCUGUGGAUCAACAAAUCAAAGCAACGCAAUCACCUUCAUGUAAUCCUGGCUCUGCAGGUUACAUAUUCAACACAGAAGGUCAUUCAAUUGAUAUUGGAGAAAUUCAUUGUAGCUCACCUUUAAGACUGACAUAUAUACCUGAAGAAUUAUUUAGAACUAGAGAUAUGCUAAUAGAAAAUUCCCAAGAACUGAAUUAUGAAAGUAAUGAGGAUUUGAAUGAUGAAGAUGUGGAGAAGACUUUCACCGCUGCUUACACUUGCAAGAGGUGCUUAGUUCAUGUCUGGGUUAAUCUCCUUUGCAGUGGUUUUGGAAUGUCAUGCAACACCCAGGGAGCCUCGCGUGACAUCUUAAAGAAUAGCUGGGAAGAAGACUUUACAUAGAUUGGCACCACAGCGUAAAGAAAAUAAUAUAAAUAUUUAUUCAGUUGAAAAUUAAAGUUCUGAAAUAUCUAUUUUUCUAACAUAGUGUAGCAAGAAAAAUUUUCAGCUUUAAUAUUUACAGAUUUGAGGGUUUUUCUGGACCCAGCUGGAAAAAAGGUCCCUUAUCAGUCUUUACUUUAAUAGCCAAUUAAAAAAGCUAAGGAAAUCAGAAUGGGCAUGGGGUAAGUGCAAGGCUCCUGCUCCAUUCUCUUGAUGUGACAGUCGGGUUGGGUAUUAAGGUAUUGCCCUUUUAUGAUAUAAAAAUCAGUAAAAUAAAGAGUAUCCGGCAGGAAUUGAAAGUUGAAAAUUUCUUUUUCCUCAGUCUGUUUUUAAAAUGCUAUUGUUUAAUGAGAAGGUCAUAAACAUCAGUUUAAAAAAAACAAAAAAAAAUUGGCUGACCUGUGAAGUAAAAGUCUUGCAAAAUUUUGAUGCUUCAAUGUUGAUAACAAAAUAUUAUUGUUUAUCUCAGGAUGUUGUCACAUCUGAUGCGAAUCACAAUUUUUUUGACCGCGCACUGCUAGUCUUGUUCAGAUGAUGAAGCCCAGACAGUAAACUGGUUUCCUUAUGAACCAGAAUACUGCAAUACUCUUCAUCUGGUGUUCUGUUACCAGCCUGCUUCCAAAUUCCUCACCUGAACAACAAUUGCUUCAUGCAGCUGCUAUGUCAUGGUUCACGUCGGAAGUGACGUCAUUUUAUGAUAGAUUAUCAAAAUAUUUUCUUAUUAUUAUACUUUAUUAGAAAAUGUUGAAAAAAAUAAGCAAGAAAACGGUUUGCUAAAAAGAAAUGGAUAAUUUAGAUAGGAAAUUUUCAGCUAUUAACAGUUAUGUGAAGUACACAACUGAAUGAUUUGAAAAAAAGCCGUAACAAUUUUUUAUUUCAUUAUUAUUAUUUAGAAUGUGUUACCAAUAUAUGAUUAUAAAAUCAUGACAAACUGCAGUUAUUAAUAAUAUAGAGUCAAAAUUUAUACCAGUAACUCAUUAUACCAACCGAGUUUCUCUGACCAGUGCUUUACCUACUGAUAACGGAAAUGAAAGUGUAUCUAUAGCACUUUAAACAAAAAGUCCUUCUUCAGUGUGCAAUAAAAGAAGAAAAAAUAUACAGUUCAAAAAGGCUGAAAAAAAAAACCUCUGCAAAACCUCAAACAAACAAAUAGGUGUGUCAAUUGGUUGGGGUUUCACCUCCCUUCUGAACAUAAUAUGCAACAACAAGGAAAAGAUAAAAACCUGCAUAUUACUUAACAUACAAACCAGAGGACUUAACCCUUUAACUCACGGAAGUGAUUCACAUGUAAUUUCUCCCUACAAUAUCCAUUUACUAUCCAGCAAACAGGUAAUGAGAAUAUUCAGUUGUAUCAGGUAGAAGUUUUUAUCUUGAUCUAACACCAAAUUCUUACAACUAAUUUACAAGGAAAUGUUAGGCAGCUAGACCAGACCAAUGGCGCUGAUUGCAGAAAUAAAGCCGCACAAUAUUUCAUAUUUUGUCACAUCCUUCUGCUCAGAGUUGUUACAAACUUUUUUUUCUAAUUUGAAGUUCUCAAUUGCCAUCCGAAAGUCAUAGAAUGCUUGCGACCAGUCUAACUAAGAUAAAAUCGGGUGAUGUUUAAUGCUAACUACCCUGCUCUCGUCCAAGGAAAUAUAUAGAGCUACUUGCAAGAUUACUUACCAAGAAUCUGAAAACCUUUCAUAAUUAUUUUCAUUUUUGCACUUUAGUCAACCACACCGUUGAUCAAAAAUUUGGCAGGGGAUUAGAAUUUGAAUUUCAAAUUUUUGUCUGUCUUUGUAUGAAGGAGCGUGGGUGGAUGUAAUUGUACUGCUGUCCACCAUAAGAUCAUUUUUUUUAGUUGUUCAAAUCAGACUUUUUGAGAUACUACCUGUACUAAUACCAUUAAUUACUACUUCUACCACUACUAUUUAUAAUACUUCUACAAGAGAAUAUCAAUAUUCUCUUAAUUGUACUUCCACGAUCAAUUUGAAAAACCAAUCGAAGGUAAACUUUUGAAAAUUCCUCAAAUAAUUCGAUGCAAGCCAACUGCUAAAAAAAAGCAAAAAAAUUCCAGGCAAGCACGAUCUUGAACUGAAUAUAUUAAGGUUUUCUAUUUUCAAUUCUACUGUGUUUGUGUUUCAACAAUUAUCAUCCAAAUCUAAUCAGUUGUGGCUUUUUCAUAAAGGUUGACUUUCCGGCACUAUUUAAAAGACCGAAACCAUGAGCUGAUGAAUAACAACAAUUUGAAUGACUGAUUAGGAAGAAAAACUAAAGCACUUCUGUUCAUCGCUUAUUAAACGUUUUCUGUUUUGUAACCAUGGUUACAGUACUUAAAAUAGUUUUAUUAACCAUGGCACGACACCACUUUUCUAGCCAUUGAUAUUUUCAGGGGUAUUUAAAACCCUCACUUUAAUCUAUUAGAAAAAGAAAGACCCCUUAUAUGGUAUUUUUGUGGUUUAAAUGUUUGGAACAUGACCGUAUCCUUUGAUAGCCGAUUUCUAUACAACUGUAAUCGUUUUAAGAUUUUUCGACGACACUGACAUUCCGCUUGUUUUGAGAUACAACUGAUUUGUAAAUAAACGCAUUCGGGCGGCUGGUAAAUCGGCUCAUGAUGUCCACCGCUGAAAUAUUGUCCAAAAAUUGGAAACAUUUGGCCCAGAAGCAAAACUUCGAGAGAAAAUAUGAAGUUUUUAGGACAGUCUUUAAGCCAAGGACCUUAUCAGCCGAAAUACCAACAAGUCAGAAAGGGGUUUAUCUAUUUUGUAACGUACCCUCCUCUUAAUUUUCAUAUCACGCGGAACCGCUCGUAAAAACAAAUACUUAUCUGAUGUGGAUGCGGAUGCGCAGUUGCGACCACCUUUUAAUAUUUUACUAGACUCUAAAAAAGAAUGUUUUUUGUAAAGUAGCCAAUAUAAUUACGCGAAAAUUAAUGGGUUGAUUAUGACGUUAUAGACUUGUUUCAAAUUUCGUUCGAGUCUUUGUCUCACUGUGUUUAGGUUCCUACAAUUUCUGAUCACAUUUUCAUCAUUUGCAGCUUUGUUUUAGAGUUAGAUUUUCUGACUUUUUCAAAACUCCUCUGCUGGACUUUUAAUGAGGUACUCCAUUGACUAUUAUACUUGUCCAAUGUUACUUGGAGAAAACCAGUCACCCACAGUUAACACAAAAGCAAUGAUCAGAUGACUACAAAUAAGUAGAACAGCUGAACAGAAAGAAGGUCUGUUUGUAACCACAGUUACAGCACUUCAAACACUUCUCUAGAGGGUAACAAGAUACAACUUUCCCUUCUGACACACCCAAACACAAUAUCAAGUACAAACAUUUUGUUAGUCAGAAGGUAAGAAAAUAUAUUUGUAAGCUUCUUUCCAUUUUUUGCACGAGGGUCAACGUAGUCACAGGAAUUAUGUCAAGCGACGGUGAAAAUGAUGUUAUUAAUAAAGCUCUGUUGAGGGGCAUUCGAAAUGGUAGCCUUAGGAACCCUUUACGGAGACCAUUUGCAUUAUCAACUCAGCUGAUAGACCUAAGUUACCUUGUCGCUAAUAACAGCCUCUUUGAACAAGAGUACCCUACCACAACUAAGAUUUUCACGCACGAUGAGAGGUACAGUAUCAUACAACGCUUACUUGUAACAGUAUAUCACAUUCUCUUUAACAUUGUAUAUUUUAUCAGUACUUAGGCCUAUGGCUUCCUGGGUGAAAAAAAAAUUAUAGUCGACAUGUACCCCUUGCAUUUUAUCGCCAUUUUUCCUGAGUUUCUGGCACUUCCGAAUAAGAUCACUUUUUUCAGCGGACAGAUAUUGAGUCAAAAUGUUUAACUUGUGGUGAUAUCGUUUAUAAUUUCGGCAUGUACUAAGACCCGAAACACUAAAACGAAACAAGCGAAACGACCAAAACGAAACGACCGCAGAAAAUGUAAAUUUCACUUCAGACAUUCUCUCGCAUUUAAGGCUUUUAAAUUAUUAUGGCCGUCUCACGAAACUUUAUUUUUUCUCCACCACGCGAGCAGCUAAAACUAAAUUAGACACUUGUAUGCAGUUUCAGGACGAAACGCCAGCCAAAUUGAAUACCAAAACGUAAGGAGAGGAAGAAACAGAUAACGGUAUUCAAUGAAAACAUCUAUGUACGUAAGUUUUUUAGUUUUUUUUUUUUUCAAUAUAGUUUCCUCGACGCCUCACGCCAAGCUGAUGUUAAUAGAGAGAUAACUGAAUUUCCCCGUGAGAUAGAUUAGGAGUAGACCAUAAUCUAAACGAGAUGAAUAUGACGACUGACGCCUGACACCCUUGGGCAUUCAUUUUAUUUUUAUCAAUUUUUUUUGUAUACUAUUUUGGUCGUUUCGGUCGUUUCGUUUUGGUCGUUAGGUUCGUUUCGUUUCAAUCUUUUUUGUUCUGGUCAUUUCGGUGGUUUUGCAUGUUUCACGUAUUUCGUAUUGUUUUGCUGUUUUGGGUUUUAGUUUAGUUUUAGUUUCGGGCCUUAGUUUUAUGAUAUUAUUUCUUCAUCCUGGUUGCCUAGGAAAAUAAGAGUAAUUUUGACGACAACGUUUUUUGCAAGAUACUUUCUAAAUUGGAAAAUCAGAACCUUAUAUGUAACACUGUGGUUAACUCCGGAGGAAAAUACGACAUGUUGUAUAGUUCUAAAAAUUCAUAUUUUCAUAAAUUUUCAAUUUGAAAAACGUGAACCUGUCAUAACACAUAUCACCAAGGAAAUUGGAACCACGUUGUGUAAUUCUAAAACUUCUUACAUGUCCCGCUGAUAGUGUUUUAACCAAGAAGUUUGCAGCUUUGUUUAAGAGUUAGACUUGCGAUAACUGUUUUUCAAAACAUUCUACUGGAUUUUCAUAGAAAUAUUAAUUGACUGUCAUAUCCAGUGGUACUAAGAUGAGACUCCGCAGUCAUUUAGAUUUAAACACAAAAGCUUUGACCUGAUGACUAACAACGAUUAGAACAGCUGAACAGGAAGAAGGACUUAAAACAGAGGUUUUGUUUUGUAACCAACGAUUAAUUAAAGGAAAGCACGACACCAGAAAGUUUUCACUAUUGAUAUCCCCCAAGAACAAAACCAAGUACGAAAAACACUUUUUCGCUCAAAAGGUAAGAAGCAUAUCUCUGUUAGCUAGUUAUCCAUAUUUCUUGGACCAAGCCUUCCUUGCUCAGACCAAUUGCGCUGAUUUCAGACAUGAUCCAGAAAAAUUUUGUGUUAAAUUCUGUCAAUUCAGCCACACGAUAUUUCACAUUCUGUCACACCCUUCUGGUCAAAGUUGUCACAAAUUUGAAAGUUUUUAGGUUGAAGUUCUCAAAUAUCAUCCGAAAGUCAUAAAAUGCUUGCGACCAGUCUAACUAAGACAAAAUCGGGUAAUGUUUAAUGCCAACUACGAUGAGCAAUACGAGCCAUAAAAAACUAAAGCCUCUGUACUUUACGUACAUUUUAUCGCAUUGUUGCUUAGGGUUGCUACAAAGUUAAUCUUCAUAUUAGUAAUGUGCAAUGCUGUUCUAUCGUCCUGAAGAAUAUUUUGAGAUAAAGAAGGAUAAAUUGUAAACAUUUUGCAUUUCAGAAGUGAUCUGACAUCUUUGUUGGAAGCAAGUCUACAAAAAUUUAUUUCUUGCUCUUAACUUAACUGCCGCAAGUUCAAAGUUAAACAGGCUGAAAAUAAACAUAUUGAUAAACUCCUGUCACCUCCGAUAAGGGUGAUGCGCUCUAUUUCGUUCUUCUCCGAAGCUUUAUAGAAUAUUAUGACUUAUCAGAAGAAGAUGAAAUUUACAAGAUAGAGUAAGAAUUUAAAAAAUUCCCCAAUGCAGACAAACAACAACGGUCUAUUAUUUUCCUCUUUUUGCGCCUUUUGUAGUGGUUAAUUCACCUUAGAAAAUGAAUAUUUAUUAUGAAGAAAUUAAUACUAGGGUUUUUUUACGGAAUAACACAAGCUGUUAGCAUAGCAACGAUUUUUAGACCAAUACCGAAACUAGACGAAGUAUUUGCCUUCGAAAUGUUGUGCUAAUUAAGAGUUCCUUUAGUUAGACAAAGCUGGCACCUGCCUAACAUUUGUUAACAUUCAAAUUUGCAGGAAACCGGAAGGUUUAUAUUUUGGGACACUCACUAUCACAUUUUUUACCAUGAAUUUAGAAUCAUUUAUUUAUAGCGAUGCAGUUCAAGUUUUCCCUUCAACCGAUCAUUAGUAUUCUCUAUAUCUUCCUUGGAAUUAUUCUCCCACCAUGCUUCUGUUGCACUGGUGAGUAUAAAUCCCUUUUUUAAAUUUCUUGUGUUUCAUCUUUCUGGUGUCGUUUCCUCAAAACCAUUACAGUAACAACAUACGCUACCUGCUGAUCUAAGCAAAUAAUCUUUCAGCAGACAAUCUGCUUUAUCCAACUCCAAAUGUCUUCUAUUAUGGAAUAAAAGAUACAAAAAAUUCAAAUUAAAAAAGACCUCACCACAUGUGCAUCAAUGGCUCAAAAUGAUGAAUUAAAACAAACGAUUCACAGAUGUCGUGGUGUGGUAAUGAACGCUAUGAAAAUAUUCUUGAUAUCUUUUUAAAUAUUUUCUUUCCGCUCAUGAAUUCACAAUCAAAGAUCAAUUUUUGGUAAUGAAAGCCUCCCAUGUCAGUUGCGUUGAAUUUCAAGAGAUGAGAAUCACCUUUUGGGAAAACUCGUCAGGGUUCUCAUGCUGUAAAGUUUUGAAAUAAAGUGGUUUACUGUGCCUUUUUCAUUAGUGAAAAUAAGAAAUGAAUCAUCUCGAGUGAGUGGAAACUAAAUGAUAUAUUUGUUUUGCCUACCACAGACAACGAUUGUCGACAAAUCAAAUUCAAGGACGCAAUACCGAACAUGGCCAUGAAAAAUCACGCGAUCAAAAGUGUAGAGGUGCCAAACGAAGGGAGCUGCAGAGUAAUGUGUUAUAUGGAGCCUAAUUGUGUGUCCAUAAAUGUUGGACCUGUUGCAGGAGGAAGCCAAAAAUGCGAUUUGAAUAACGCCACGGAGGAAAACCAUGCUCCAUUUCUUCUCGUGAACAAUCCGGGUUACGCAUAUCUUGCCAUCGAGGUAACAUUUCACAUUCUUACGAAACUAAGAUGGUAGAAGAGAUUGUUUCAUUUUCUUAGGCUAAAGUGAUCUUAUUCUUGACAUAGGGAAGAUUUGCACAAACGUUUAUUUUGUUUUUUUAACAGAAUCCAUGCAGCAGCAGCCCAUGCUUAAACAGAGGCACCUGUCAAGCUGGAUUCACCUAUAAAGGUUUUCGUUGUGUCUGUCGGGAAAGAUUCACUGGAGAAACUUGCCAAAUCAGUGAAGGUGAAAUAAGAGGAUUGUGUGGGCAAGUCUCUCGUUUAGUACGCGAGGAGUUACUCACUUCAGUCCCAAACUUGACUUCAACAAUAAAAUAGUAACCACUGAAGUAAAGCUAAUCAAAGUGGUUUGUGAGCAAACUCGUAAAUUGACAGAUGACUUACAUGAUUUUUGGAUUAUGUUUAAUGUUAUCUGGUUUAGGAAAUUUUGUGGCUGAUUGUCAUAUUUAGAGUACGAGCAGUAGUUCAGUGUUCGCUAAUGUAGCAAAGAAACAAAGGUAACGUUUGGAUAAGAAGGCAUUACAACUGAAAUGAUCAUGCCAUUACAUUUGACAAGGGUGAAUGAUAUCAUGUGUUUUAAAUAUAUAUCAUUUUUGUUUCUGGUUCAAAAGAAAAGGUUGGAAGUAAAUGUAGGUGAAAAGUGAAAUUUAUUGUCUAUCAUUGUAAAUAUUGGAAAAUCAAGGCAAUACUGCCUUAAUGAAAACAUGAGUGAUUCCCUCUUUAUCAAAUGAGACAUACAGGAACGAGUUUUGAGUGAUAUAACUAAGCCCAGACUGCCACCGUCAUUUUGGAUUUCAGCCUGGGUAGAUUUUGGUCACGUGCUAGGCAACGUAUAAUCAAAAACAAGAUAGAAUUUCAUUCAGGCCUAUUUAUCAAUUUUGUGGUGUAUAACUUUCGCAUUUUAGUACGUAAUAUUUGUUUUGAAUCUUCAAAUUGUCUUGAAACUUAAAAGAAAAUCGUUUUUUAAAAAUUCGCUGAAAAUCGGUAGCUAAAAUUGUUUGUUUAGGUGUUAUUUGAGUUUCGUGUUAACCUGUAAUUUCGUCAGUCGCCGGCACCUUUUGUUGCUUCACACAGAAAAAACACGCGAUACGUAAUGCAAUGAUCGAUUUUGUCCCCAAUCUCACGCCAUAACAGAAAAAGCUUUUGAACACCUGUAAACUCCGCUUCGGAGUAAGUGAUAUUUUUAAUGAAUCUUCGGAUUGUUUUCAAGUUCAAGGAUUGUAAAUUACAAUUUUAUAAACGAAGGUUGUUCUCUUAUUUCAGUGUGAAUCCUCGCACGCCUGCCAGUCGCUGGCGCCGCUUGUUGAAACUUAGACGAAAAAAAAUAAACUCUUUCAAGAUUAUCAUUGGCUUCUUUUUCACCCCACCACUAUUCUUAGCAACAAAGGUCGCCAUUUCGUUUGUUUAUUACUUGCCAAAUACUAUCAAAUGCACUCAAAAGCCUAAAAUUGAAAAAAAGUUUACAGGAAUCGACCAAUCGAGCGAGCGAGCGAGUGCCAUUCUCCACAUCAUAUCUACAACUCGCUCUUGCACAUGCACGCAAUUCACGAGUUAAAAAGGAAAAGCCUAUUACUGUAACUUUACAUGAAUAUAGCUGGUAGAUAUUAAGGAAAAAGAAAUGGUACUAGUUAAUGUUCAGAAUUAAGUUUUAUCAGCCAGAGCAGUAGUCAGGUAGCAAACAAAAAGCAGCCAACAUCCAAACCAUUUAAAGUGGGCAUUUUGUGUUAUUUUGAUUUUUGUUUGUUUUUACUGAUUUUCAGUCAAAAGAAACUGCGCAGAAAUCUACAAGUCCGCAGGUAAACCAGCUGACGGUGUGUACACCAUUAAACCUGAUAAUUUUCCUGCUUUUGAUGUAUUCUGUGACCAAACAACAGCCGGUGGUAGUUGGAUAGUGUUCCAGAAAAGACUGAACGGCUCGGUUGAUUUCUACCGCUCCUGGAACGACUACAAACAUGGCUUUGGUGACCUGAAAAGUGAGUUUUGGUUGGGACUGGACAAGAUUCACCGGCUGACCUCAGAUAAUAACGGCAUGCUGCGUGUGGACUUGGAGGACUUUGAAGGGAACACAGCUUAUGCCGAGUAUUACUUGUUUGGUGUUAUGAGUGAGAAAGACAAGUACAAGUUGAUCCUUGGUUCCUAUUCAGGUAGAACUGUCAUUUCGUCGCUUCUAUUCUUGCCAUUCUAGGAGGGGUAGGGGGGAAGAAGAGUGCUGAGUGAUGUAAAUAUGCUUAACAUAUUUUACACUGAUAGCUUUGGAAGACAAAAAAAGUAAUCUCAUCGAUAUGCAAUCCUGAACAGUGCAUACCAGACAUUGAUUAGUCCAAAUGUAUUCGCCGGUGGAUCAUGCGCAGUUAACCUGACGAGGUAAUCCAACUAUGAUGAGUGUCUCGAUAAACAUAUUUAUUGGCAUUAUCAUAUUGAGUGAUUAAUCUCAAGAAUCUUUGACAUAAAUCAUAGAUAUUAAUAAAAUACUUUUACUCCAUUUCAUCAUGGUUAAAUUAUACUUAUCUGAUAUUUCAUGAUUUCUUUUGAAUUACGAACGGCUCGUAGUUGGUGAAACGUAACACUCAUAUUGCUACUCGUUUUGUUAGGAACUUCUGGUGAUUCUCUUGCUGUACAUCGCCGUAUGCCAUUCACCACUAAAGAUCAAGAUAAUGACCAUCGUGGAGGUGAAAACUGCGCCAAUAACUUCAAAGGAGCCUGGUGGUACAAGAAUUGUCACCAAUCAAAUCUCAAUGGUUUAUAUCUUCGUGGCCAGCACUCCUCCUAUGCUAAUGGAGUGAAUUGGAAAGGCUGGAAAGGACAUCAUUACUCCCUCAAGAGAACCGAGAUGAAAAUAAGACCAGUGGAUUUCUGAAUUGUCAUGUUUAUGGCACAACAAUGAUACAGUACCAACUUAACAAAAAAAACGAGUGUCUCGAUCAGGUCUAUUCAGCAUGUAAUAAUCACUCUUAAAUUGGAGCUUAGCGAAAUGUUGUUCAGGUUUUUCUUGCUUCUUUGUGCGUGUUUUUCAAAAUAGGAAUAGUUGAUUCUGUAGAAUGGGCCAGUUAACCUAUAAUAAUAAUCAUCAUAAUAGCAAUAAUAACUUAAUCUAUAUAGCAGUAGAUGCAAAAAGCUCUUGAUCAUAGUUGUAAAUUGACAGUUCAUCAUCAGAAGCUGUGGAAAAAUGCGUCUUUAAUUUGUUUAAAAAAAACGGAAACUAAUGGACUCAAUUUAAGGUUUAUGGGUGAGACAUUCUAUAGCCUGGGGGCAGCGGCUGAAUAGACCCUGCCUUCAUAAAAUUUUAGGCGGGUCUGAGGUAUUCACAAGAGUUAUCCUCGAAUCUAAAUGGCUUGUAUCAUCAUAGCCAUCAGGCGUCCUACGCUCCUUCUAUCUCGGUUCUACAAGUUUUGAUUCUUUACAAUUUUGACUCGUAUUUUCAGUUGACGGAACGCAAAGCGAUCACACAGCCUUGGUUUUUUUAAAGUCAAGAUCAGAAGAAUAAACCUAGUCGCUAAUUCAGUUCUAGUUCCCUUUGAUUUCUAUAACGAAACUCCAAACAAUUACCCAAUGAUUUGAAUCUAAAGAACGCUAUCAGAAAAACAAAUAUUUCAAGUUCUUGUGUACACUGGAAUGCAGUACGGCAAUGUCGUUGAUUCUAAAAUGCUUCAUAUGUUGCUUUUAUUUGAAUUUUCUUAGCUUUUGCUAAAGUAAAUACCUUGCACUGCUAUUGAUAAACAUAUUGCAAUUUUAAUCAUAAGAACACAUUGUCACGCACAAGGUCCAUUUUGCAGAUAUGGCUCAUCAGGUGAUUGUGUUACAAAGUGAGUUUGUAGAAAUAACAAAUGUAAGGAUGAGUAGGUGAAAUAUGUUUUGUUUUAUUCUAGCCUCGGAGCCACUUUAGAAUUUUGAUGUAUCGAAAGUGGCCUAUUGGAUCGAUUGUGAUCUUUGCAGGCUGAAAGAGGACUCCUUACAGCUUUAGUUACUUAUAAAUGAUUAAAAUCUAUGAUACAUAAAAGUUUUCGGUUUUUCACAAUUUCAAUGCGAUGGGGAACGAAAUCAAGAAACGGAGACCUUUCUUUCAGCUCGUUCUGCGGCUAUGGCGUCCAAUUCGUGUAAAGUUUUAAAUUUAGACGUGAGUUUGUCUACAUCUUUAGGUGCGCGUCCCAGGUACCGAGGAAUCUGCAGGUAGGUUUCCACCAUCCACGCUCUGAAAUUCAUGUCUCUGGUGAAAGCAAGAAAUUUGUUAGUGGCAGGCUCAAACGAUUCACCUUCGUUUCACCCUUUACACCCUAACAUCAGGAUGCAUAUUCUCCAUACUGCUCUCUAUACAUUUCCUCAGCUGAUGACAGGGAGAAUUUGUUUAACGAUCAAGAGCUUCUUCAGUUGUUGGUCAUUUCUUCUUUUCUCAUGACCUUAAUGUUUGAUUCAGGGGUAACAAUGUAAGGAGAAAUUAAGUGGUAGUCAUUCUUAAGGGUCAGCACGGAUUCAAUGAAAGCCGAUUGGCGGCGGUGUCUCUCCGCAUAUAGGACCUCUUACCGCCGUCUGUUUAGCCUACGAGCUGGCUCUUGUGUUUGGGUUUGUAUAAAAUAGGAUGCCAGUCGUAAAACGUAUGGUCAGACGUGAUGUAGGAGUAUCAUUCGAUAAUUGAAAGUAUAAUAACCGGAAGUAGAGUUGUAACAGAGAACCGGAAGUCAGAACACUUUAAGGACAGGUAAGGUUGAAUUGUCGUUCGAACUGGCGGGCUCCCCACGCAAUAAAACUCGUUCUGAGAAGCGCAAAAAUUCUACAUGGAAUAUAUGAUGAGAACGACAAGAAAUCUUAUCUCAGGCGAUGGCACUGAGAAGAACUUCUCACUUAUUUGGAAAACAGAAUUACCCUAUUCUGACGUCGAAGACGCACGAUUCAAAGAUGGUCCCUACCUUUGACCAUAGACUACUGUGCUUUAUGUGGCCUCCCCUAGAUCCGCCCCCGUGUUAUUUUAUGUAUAUUUUUGGGUCAUAUCGGUCGUUCGUUUUGGUCGCUAGGUUCGUUUUGUUUCGAUCGUUUUGCUUUGGUCAUUUCGGUGGUUUCGCACGUUUCGUUUCGUUUUGCUGUAUCAUUUCUUCAUCCUGGUUGCCUGAGAGAAAGCCACCAGCUAAAAAAGCAAAAGAUUUUAGGCAAACACGAUCUUAAACUAGAAAUAUUUAUGUUUUCUAUUGUCAAUUCUACUGCGUUUGUGUUCCAACAAUUAUCAUUCACAUCUAAUCAUUUGAGGCUUUUUCAUAGAAUUUGACUUUCCGGCACUUUUCAAAAACCUUGUACUGGAUUAUCAAAAAUAUAAAAGACCAAAACCAUGAACUGAUGAAUACCUACAAUUGGAACGUAUGAUUAGGAAGAAAAACUAAAGCGCGUCCGUUCAUCGCUUAUUAAACAUAUUUUGUUUUGUAACCAUGAUUACAGCACUUAAAAUAGUUUUAUUAACGAUGGCACGACACCACUUUUUUAGCGAUUGAUAUUCUUUGGGGUAUUUAAGACCCUCACUUUAAUCUAAUAGAAAAAGAAAGACCCCUUAUACGGUAUUUUCGUGGUUUAAAUAUUCGGAACAAUGACCGUAUCCUUUGACGGCCGUUUGAAGAUUUUUCCGACGGCCUUAACAUUCUGCUUGUUUUUGAGAUACAACUAAUUAGUAAAUAAACCCAUUCGGGCGGCUGGUAAAUCGGCUGAUAAUGUCCACGGCUGAGAUAUUGUCCAAAAAUUUUAAAAAAUAUUUGGCCGAGCAGCAAAGCUUCGAGGGAAAAUAUGACGUUUUUAUAACAAUCUUUCAGCCAAGGACAAUAUCAGCCGAAAUACCAGCAAGCCAGAAAGAGGUUUAUCUAUUUUAAAACGUACCCUCCUCUUAAUUCUCAUAUCACCCGAGACCGCUCGUGAAAAACAAGUGCUUAUCUGAUGCGGAUGCGCAGUUGCGACCAGGUUUUUAAUAUUUUACUAGACUCUACAAAAAGAGUGUUUUUUGUAAAGUAGCCAGUAUAUGGGCGCGAAAAUUAAUGGUUGAUUAUAACGUCCUAGGCUUGUUUCAAAUUUCCCUCGAGACUUUGUCUCACUGUGUUUGGGUUCCUACAAUUAUUGAUCUCAUUUCAUUUGUAGCUUUGUUUGCAGGACUCUUAUUGAGGUAUUUCAUUGAGUAUUAUACUUCUACAAUGUUAUUUAGAGAAAACCAGUCACCCACAGUUAACACAAAAGCAGUGAUCUGAUGACUAGAAAUAAGUAGAACAGCUGAACAGGAAGAAGGCCUGUGGCGUUUAUGUUCACCACUCAUAACAUACCCAAACACAAUAUCAAGUACAACAAACAUUUUGUCAGUCAGAAGGUAAGAAAUAUGUUUGUAAGCUACUUUCCAUUUUUUGCACGAGGGUCAACGUAUUCACAGGAAUUAUGUCGAGCGACGAUGAAAAUGGUGUUAUUAAUAAAGCUCUGUUGAGGGACGUUCGAAAUGGUAGCCUUAGAAACCCUUUAUGGAGAUCAUUUGCAUUGUCAACUCAGUUAUUAGAACUAAGUUACCUUGUGGUCAAUAACAACCUCUUUUAACAAGAGUACUCUACUGCAAAUAAGGUUUUCGCGCACGAUGAGAAGUACAGUAUCGAACAACGCUUACUUGUAUAUCAGUAUAUCACAUUCUCUGUAACACUGUAUAUUUUAUCAGUAAGCAGGCCUAUGGCUUCCUGGGUGAAAAAAAAGAAACCUCAAAGUCGUCAUGUACCCCUUGCAUUUUAUCGCCAUUUUUUCCAAGUUUCUGGGCACUUUCUAGUAAGAUCAGUUUUUUCAGCGGACAGAUAUUAAGUCGAAAUGUUUAGUUUGUGUUGAUAUCGUUUAUAAUUUCGGCAUGUACCAAGACCCGAAACAGCAAAACGAAACGACCAAAACGAAUCAAGUGAAACGACUGAAACGAAACGACCCAGAAAAUGUAGAUUUCACUUCAGAUAAUCUCUCGCAUAUAAUGCUUUUAAGAGGCGAUCUGUGUAAGAGCGGUCCAGGGUAUUUCGCAUCGGAAAAAAGUUUUCCCUCAAACUUUGCCCAAUAAACUAUCUUUGGUAGCAAGUAAAUAAAACCAUAUUAGUUUCUGGAAAUACGUUAAAAUAAAGUUUUUAGAGCUCUCAAAAGUCAAAGCUGCUAAAGGCCCUUUUUUGACCUCUUGCGACAUCGAAAAUUUCAAAAGUUGAAUACCCUGGUCCUCGUAUCACACGGCAUGCAGCAAAAAAUCUUUUGUAUUUUUAAACUGUGUGAUAUGUUAAGUGAAUAAAAAGUAUUUCAAUUUUGAUAUCUGUUUAUUCAGGGGUUCGUCAUAGUUUAUUUGAAAACACUCGUUAGACAGCUUUCUGAAAUUGGUCAAAAGUACUCUUUCCUACUUGGUUGAUAUUGCUCAAGUCCAGACCAGACCAUUGAAAACUCCGCUUGAUUUCUUCUAAUAAGAUGUUUGGCUGCAGAAAAAUAUAAAAACAUCUUGCACUUAUUAAUUUUGUCCGCCGCGGUGACUUCAAACUUUCAGCGAUUUUGCUAGCGUGACAGCCGAUUAUGCAAAUUAGUUCAUUGAACAAACUCCGACCGUUUUAUAUAAGUAGCUCAAUGUGACACGUUGUGUAGUUCUAAAAAUUCCGACAUAUUUUCAUAGAUUUUUAACUUGAAAAACGUAGACCUGUCAUGACCUGUCAUAACACAUAUCACCAAGGAAAAUAGGACCACGUUGUGUAAUUCUAAAACUUCUUACAUGUCCCGCUGAUAGUGUUUUAACCAAGAAGUUUGCAGCUUUGUUUAAGAGUUAGACUUGCGAUAUAUGUAUUUCGGAACAUACUACUAGAUUUUCAUAGAAAUAUUUCAUUGACUGUCAUAUCCAGUGGUACUAAGAUGAGACUCCGCAGUCAUUUAGAUUAAAACGUAAAAGCUUUGACCUGAUGAGUAACAGAAAUUAGAACAGCUGAAAAGGAAGAAGGACUGUGGCGUAUAAAACAGAGGUUUUGUUUUGUAACCAUAGUUACAGAAGUUCAAACAGUUUUAUAAAAAGGAGAAAAGCACGACACCAUAAAGUUUUCAUUAUUGAUACCCUCAAGAACAAAACCAAGUACGAAAAACACUUUUUCUCUCAGAAGGUAAGAGAUCUGUGGGUUACUCAUCUAUAUUUCUUAGACCAAGCCUUUCUUGCUUAGACCAAUUGCGUUGAUUGCAGAAAUGAUCAAGAAAAAUUUUGAGUAAAUUUCUGUCAAUUCAGCCACACGAUAUUUCACAUUCUGUCACACCCUUCUGGUCAAAGUUGUUACAAAUUUGAAAGUUUUUAGGUUGAAGUUCUCAAAUAUCAUCCGAAAGUCAUAGAAUGCGUGCGACCUGUCUAAGAUAAUGAUGUUUGGGUGAUGUUUAAUACUAACUACCCUGUUCAACUACCAUGAACAAAACGAAACAUUAACAACUUAGGCCUUUGUACUUUACAUACAUUUAUUGCAUUGUUCAAUUUAAAGUUGCUACAAAAUUUAUCUUCAUGUUAAUAAUGUGCAAUGCUGUUCUAUCGUAGUGAAGAACAUUUUGAGAUAAAAAAGGAUAAAUUGUUAACAUUUUGUAUUUCAGAAGUGAUCUGACAUCUUUGUCGGCAGCAAGUCAAAUCAAAAAUUUGUUUCUUGCUCUUAAUUUGAUUGCCGCAAGUUAUAAGGAUAAAUUGUUAACAUUUUUUAUUUCAGAAGUGAUCUGACAUCUUUUUCGGUAGCAAGUCUGCAAAAAUUUAUUUCUUGCUCUUAACUUAACUGCCGCAAGCUCAAAGUUAAACAGGCUGAAAAUAAACAUAUUGAUAAACUCCUGUCACCUCCGAUAACGGUAAUGUUCUCUAUUUCGUUCUUCUUCGAAGCUUUAUAAAAUAUUAUGACUUAUCAGAAUAAGAUGAAAUUUACAAGAUAGAGUAAGAAUUUAAAAAUACUCCAGUGCAGACAGCUGCCUAACAUUUGUCAACAUUCAAAUUUAUAGGAAAACAGGAAGUUUCAUAUUUUGGAACGCUCAUGCACUAUCAUACUGAUUACCUUGAAUUUACAGUUAUUUAUUUAUAGCGAUGCAGUUGAAGUUUUCUCUUCAACCGAUCAUUGUUAUUCUCUAUAUCUUCCUUGGAAUUAUUCUCCCAUCAUGCUUCUGUUGCACAGGUGAGUAUAAAUCCCUUUUUAAAUUUCUUGUGUUUCAUCUUUCUGGUGUCGUUUCCUCAAAACAAUCACACGAACUACAUAUGCUACCUCUAGUGAUCAAAGUAAAUAACCUUAAAGCAGACAAUCCGCUUUAUCUAACUCAAAGUGUCUUCUAUUAACAAAUAGAGAGGCCUUGAGUGUGCUGUGUUCUGUGGUGAAGGACGCACGAAGCGGGUUCGAGCACGAAAGAAGUGUAGGGAGAAACACGAGACGUAGCACAAUAAGCCAAUCAGAAUUGUUGUUAUAACAGUUCAAAUAUCUGAUUGGCUGUACAAGACUAAAGCUGUCAGAAAUGUCAAACCAUAAAAGUUCACAUUCUGCAACUGUUUACAAACUUAAAUAGUUUGGCAGGUCGAAUCUCACACUUUUGCUAGAAGUUUUUUAGUCUCUAAUUAACAAUUGGUUCAUGCUUUUAGCUGUGCACUAUUGAUUUAUGGAGUACGUGGGAAGUUUGGAGAGCACGAAAGAAGCGUAAGAGUUGCACGAGGCACUAGCCGAGGGCAACUCUAGCUUCUUUCGUGCCCUCCAAACUUCCCACGUGCUCCAUAACUCGAUAGUGCAUAGCUAAAAGCAUGAAUCAAUUGUUUUAUAACAUAGCCGGUGGAAUUGUGCAUCAAAUCAGAAGUGAUUGUUCGCGGAGUCUCCUUUUCCGAUGUGUUUCUUUUUUUUUUUGCCUCAUUUAAGAACUCUAGCCAAAGGGAAAAAAGGUUGGAAAAUUGUCUUCGUUUUGGGACUGGUGGGCCGAGUCUCUGUAUCCAUUAUUGUCGCGAAAUAUACUAUUUUUCUCCGCGCUAACAAUGGCCGCUCGCGCGAAAAAAAAAAAUUCUGGAGAAGCGAUUUGCUCACGCUAUUAGCGUGCACUAUCAGGAUUUUGAGCACGCUAACGUAUACUGAAUUUGAUUGCGCGGCUCUGCUAGCUAUGUUAUAAUACAGAUUGUGGAGGUGAAAUGUUCCGUGAAAUCCGACCGAAUUGUGGCUCACAAAAACACGCAAGUUUUUUCACAUGAUAAAUAGUAAACAAACUGCUCAAGGCGAAUUUUAUGAAUGAACGACGAAUUCACCGGAACAUGAAGAUUGCUCGGGAUGACAGAGCCAUUGCAGUGACUGAUGUGGCCAUCACCACUCAUCACAUCGGAAAGGACAUCAGAGCAAGCUUUUAGAUGUUCACGCGAAGGGCGGUCGAUGUAAUUUCUGAGGCUUGCUUCACUGGCGAUCUCCGAGCUAGCCACGUUGGACCUCAGCAUGAUCGCAGUCGCUCUGACACCGUCAUGAUUAGUAUGAAUUAUAACAGUUAUGCCACUUUGGCUAUAUUUCUUAUCAUUCCUGUUUUGUUUUUGAACUCGAACUUUAUAUAGGAGUGUUAGCUGUGUUUGAUUUUUAUUACCAUUCGCUUGCAAUCAAACUGAGCGUGAAAACCUUCAAAACUCGGACUGUCCAUUUCGUUUUCUCUUUGAGGAUUUUCGUCUCUGCUCACGUUAUAAUAACGUCAAUUACGGCGCCUGGCACGUUUAUAAACCUUUGUUUGAUUGUUCUGUUGCUACUUGCCGGCUCGCUUGUUUCGAAAUUUCACUUUCGACUAACGAGAAAAAGCUAGAGCAAAGUCCUGGAAAAGGUCGGACAUAGUCCAAUUUGGCAGAUGGCGCGACAGCUUUAGCUCAGCUCUAUGCUCUAUACUCUCAUAGAGCACGCUCUUUCACCUAAUGACAGCGCGCGUUAUAUCCGAACUUUAUCAUAAUAUGGAAUAAAGAUACAAAAAAGUAAAAUUUUUAAAAAAGGCUCCAAAUGAUGAAUUAAAACAAACGAUUCACAGAUAUGGUGGUGCGUUAAUGAACGCUAUGAAAAUAUUCUUGUUUUUUUUUAAUAUUUUCUUUCCGCUCAUUAAUUCACAAUCAAAGAUUAAUUUUUGGUAAUGAAAGCCUCCCAGUUACGUUGAAUUUUUAAGAGAUGAGAAUCACCUUUAGGGAAAACUUGUCAGGGUUCUCAUGCUGUACAGUUUUGAAAUAAAGUUGUUUAAUGUGCCUUUUUCAUCGAUGAAAAUAAGAAAUUAUCUGGAGUGAGUGGAAACUAAAUGAUGUAUUUGUUUUGCCUACCACAGACAACGAUAGUCGACGCAUCAAUUUCAAGGACCCAAUACCGAACAUGGCCAUGAAAAAUCACGUAAUCAAAAUUACAGAGGUGCCAAACGAAGGGAGCUGCAAAGUAAUGUGUUUGAUGGAGCCUAGUUGUGUGUCCAUCAAUGUUGGACCUGUUGCAGGCGGAAACCAAAAAUGCGAGUUGAAUAACGCCACGGAGGAAAACCAUGCUUCAUUUAUUCUCGUGAACAAUCCGGGUUACACAUAUCUUGCAAUCGAGGUAACAUUUCACAUUCUUACGAAACUAAGGUGGUAGAGAUUGUUUCAUUUUCUUAGGCUAAAGUGAUCUUAUUCUUGACAUAAGGAAGAUCUGCACAAUAGUUAACUUUAUUUUUUCAACAGAAUCCAUGCAGCAGCAGCCCAUGUUUAAACGGUGGCACCUGUCAAGCUGGAUUCACCUAUAAAGGUUUUCGUUGUGUCUGUCGGGAAAGAUUCGGUGGAGAAACUUGCCAAAUCAGUAAAGGUGAAAUGACUGGAUUGCUUGGGCCAUUCUCUCGUGUGGUACGCGAGGAGUUACUCGCUAAAGUCCCAGACUUGCCUUCAAGAAGAAAGCUAAAAAUGGAAAAGCGUAUUAAUGUAACUGUUAAUUAAUAUAGCUGGUAGAUAUUAAGGAAAAAGAAAUGGUUCUAGUUAAUGUUCAGAAUCAAGUUUUAUCACCCAGAGUAACAGUCAGGAACGCAAACAAAAUGCAAUCAACAUCCAAACCAUUUAAAGUGGGCGUUUUGUUUUAUAUUGUUUUUUGUUUGUUUUUACUGAUUUUCAGUCAAGAGAAACUGCGCAGAAAUCUUUAAAUCCACGGGUAAACCAACUAACGGUGUGUACACUAUUAAACCUGAUAAUUUGCCUGCCUUUGAUGUAUUCUGUGACCAAACAACAGCCGGUGGAGGGUGGACAGUGUUCCAGAAAAGACUGAACGGCUCGGUUGAUUUCUACCGCUACUGGAACGACUACAAACAUGGCUUCGGUGACCUGGAAAGUGAAUUUUGGUUGGGACUGGACAAGAUUCACCGGCUGACCUCAGAUAAUAACAGCAUGCUGCGUGUGGACUUGGAGGACUUUGAAGGAAAUACUCGAUAUGCUGAGUAUAACAUGUUUGGUGUUAUGAGUGAGAAAGACAAGUACAAGCUGAUCCUUGGUUCUUAUUCAGGUAAAACAGUCAUUUCGUCGCUUCUAUUUUAGUCAUUCUAAGAGGGGGAGGGGGGGGGAGGAGAGUGCUGAGUAAUGUUAAUAUGCUUAACAUCUUUUACAUCAAUAGCUUUGGAAGACAAAAAAGUAAUCUCAGCUCAUUGAUAUGCAAUCCCGAACAACGCACGCCGGACGUUGAUUAGUCCAAAGGUAUUUGCCGGUGGAUCAUAUGCAGCUAACCUGACCAACUAAUCCAACUCUGAUGAGUGCCUCGGCAAACAUAUUUAUUGACAUUAUCAGAUUGAGUGAUUCAAUUCCUAGAAUCUUCGACAUGAAUCACAGAUAUUACUAAGAAUACUUUUACUCCAUAUCAUUAUUGUUAAAUUAUACUUAUCUGAUAUUUCAAGGUUUCUUUUGAAUUAGCAACUGCUAAUUGUCGGUCAAACAUAAUACUCAUAGUGCGGCUCGUUUUUUCAGGAAAUUCUGGUGACUCCCUUGCUGUGCAUCGCGGUAUGCCAUUCACCACUAAAGAUCAAGAUAAUGACCAUCAUGGAGAUUACAACUGCGCCAUUAAGUACGAAGGAGCCUGGUGGUACGAGAGGUGUCACCGCUCGAAUCUCAAUGGUUUAUAUCUUCGUGGCAAUCACUCCUCCUUUGCUAAUGGAGUGAACUGGAAACACUGGAAAGGACAACAUUAUUCUCUAAAGAGAACCGAGAUGAAAAUAAGACCAGUGGAUUUCUGA